AUGGCACCAUCUCCGAAAGCCAAGAAAACUGGAGGCGCCAAAGCUUCAACGUUAGCGGGCGGCGCAGCUGCCGGCCCUUCGGCGCGCAAAUCAACAGCUGCAGGAAAGAGGCCGGCAGGGAAAAAAGCUGCAAAUGUACAACCCGGCGACCCAACACCAACGGGGAAGAGACGUCGUUACAAACCCGGCACUGUCGCCUUGAAAGAAAUUCGUCGUUACCAACGAUCAUAUGACCUUCUGAUUGCAAAACUCCCCUUCGCUCGUCUCGUCCGUGAAGUCGCACUGGAUUUACUCCCCGCCGAUGUGGGCGCAGAGCUGCGUUGGCAAUCACAUGCCAUCCAGGCCUUGCAAGAAGCUGCAGAGGCUUUUAUGGUGCACUUAUUCGAGGAUACCAAUCUAUGUGCCAUCCACGCCAAACGUGUGACCAUCAUGCAGAAAGAUAUCCAACUAGCGAGGAGAAUUCGUGGUGUUUGGGGCGGUCUGGGCUGA